AUGGAGUCCGGGCGAGCCGCAGUGCUGCUGCUGGUGCUGCUGCGAACACACUGGGGCUGUGCCGGGGGACCAGGGCACGGAGGCGAAGGAGACCAGGUCUUCGCAGAGGAAGAUAGCGGACCCCACCCACUGCAGGAGGCCCAGAUCCCUGUGUCACUCUUGCGCUCCCUGCUCCAGGCCAUGCAGAGACCCAGCCAGAGCCCAGCCUUUCUGUUUCAGCCCCAGAGGUUUGGCAGAACCUACCGGGGCUCCUGGAGCAGCAAAGAGCUGAGUCCCCGAGCUGGGGAGGGGUUCAGCUCCCCCUUCUGGAGCCUGGCUGCCCCUCAACGCUUUGGGAAGAAGUGA